UAAUUGAUGAAAUGGGUUGCAUAGUAUCUCUCUAUAUAUGCAUUUCCGCAGUGUAAUUAACCAUAGAAGAAUACAAGCUAGCUAGCUCGGAUUAGUUUUGUGAGGUGCAACUGAAAUGUCAACGACUUCAGGAACUUCAACAGAUCCUCCCUCUCUGUUCCAGAGAUGCCACCCCCUCCAUUAGUCCGUUCACCUCCUCCUCCUCCCCCAGCUCCUCCUCUCCCUCCAGAUAGAUUUUGGGCCAACAAGUGGCAGCGGCUUCGCCGGUCUCCUACUACUCACGCGCCUCCUGCUCCCCCUCCUGUUCCGGGGCCUUCACGGAACUUGUACAGAUCAUACUCAGGGAAUAAAAGAAGACCCCUUAAGUACUUGAAAUUGUACAAAUUAGUGAUAAAAGGCGACCUGGAUAAGGCCAAUGAGUUCUUCCAGACAGAUAGAGAGGCGAUUACGGCCGGUAUCACAAAGUCAUCGGAGACUGCAUUGCAUGUAGCUACAAGAUCAGAACACACAAACUUUGUAGAAGAGCUGGUACGAAUGAUGUCAGCGAAAGACUUGGAAAUGAAAGAUUUUAACAAUGGUGAUACGGCUCUUCACACUGCUGCAGUUGCUGGAAAUAUCCAAGCUGCUCGAGCCAUAGUGGAAAAAAACCCGAACUUGCCACAAAUACGUAAUAAAAGCUGAUGGAUUCCACUGUCAAGUGCUGAUUAUUGUUCGUCAAAUAAACAAAAGGUGAUGAUGGAAUAUCUUUUGAGUGUCACUAAACAUGGCGUUAACCGUAAUCCAUUUUACGGCCGUUCUGGCGGUGAACUCAUUUGCAUUAUAACUCGAGCAAGUCGCUAUGGAAUUGCCAAGAGGUUGAUCGAAGAGUAUCCGAAUUUGGCAACAGACAAGGAUAAACAUGGUAUUUGUGCAUUAGAAGUAUUGGCUGAGAUGUCGUAUGCAUUUCAAAGUGGAAGUCAGCUAAGUGCAUGGCAACGCUUCAUCUAUCCAUAUAUUAACGUGGACUUGCCUGUCUCUCUUCCCAUUUCCAGAGAAGGCACUGACCUUCCAACAACAGAGGAAGAAAAUCUAUAAUGAACAAGUUUCUCUCAGUAACAUAUUUUACUGAAGUGUUCCAAUGGACGAAAGAUGUGUUGUGGCAAGGUGUAAAACAACUAGUUCCAGGAAGCAAGAAGGUAUACAAGAAAAAGUUGAUGCAUAAGCAAGCCUUAGAUUUGGUUAAAUGCAUUUGUGAGAAGAUCUCUGAAGUCAGUUAUUCAGAAAUAUCAGACGUUCUCACGUCGACUAACAUUUUGGGCAAGGCUAUAACAAGUGGGACAGUUGAAGUUGUAGCCGAAUGUAUUCAAACAUUCCCCGAUUUAAUUUGGAUUAAAAUGAAUAAGCGGAAUUUGUUUGAGAUUGCAAUUGAAGAACGUCAUGAAAGGAUUUUCAAUCUUGUGUGUGAGAUGGAUGAGGUUAAAAAGACGUUUGUCUAUUUAAGGGAUGAGACAUCAGGUAACACUAUCCUACAUUUGGCCGCCAAGUUAGCACCCCCUGCACAAUUGAAUUCAGUCUCUUGUGUAGCCCUUCAAAUGCAACGAGAGCUGCAAUGGUAUAAGGAGGUGGAAAAGAUAUCUUUGCCGAUAAACAAAGUAAUAAGGAACAAAGAUGGGAAAAUUCCCCAAGCUUUGUUCAGGGAACAACAUAAAGAAAUAUUGAUGAAAGGAGUGGAUUGGAUGAAAGGUACAGCUGAAUCGUGUAUGUUAGUAGCCACUCUUAUCGCCACCGUGGUGUUUGCUGCUGCUUUUACUGUACCAGGUGGAAAUUACGAUAGUGAUAGUAACAACAAAGGAAUUCCAAUCUUCUUACACGAGGUUUCGUUCAUGGUAUUCGCUGUAACAGACAGCUUAGCCCUCUUCUCUUCAGUUACAUCAAUUCUUAUGUUCCUAUCAAUAUUAACUUCACGCUUUAGAGAGGAAGAUUUCCUUGAGUCAUUGCCUAGAAGACUGAUGAUAGGACUUGCAACACUUUUCUUCUCUAUAAUUACUAUGAUGGUUGCCUUUAGUGCAACACUGGCAAUUGCAAUUGGACCAAAGUUUGGAUGGUUUCCAAUACCUUUAGCUUUAAUGGCAUGUGUGCCUGUAACCUUGUUUGCAUUCUUGCAUUUUCAUUUGUUCUUCGAGAUUGCCUGGUCUACAUAUCGCCCAGCCCUCUUCCGCAGACAUAAGAUGCUUUACUAAUUCUAUUUUGUUCAUGUAAAUGGGUGACUGUUCAGCCAAAAUGUGAGCACCUGAUUUGUGAUGUACCCACAGUGUUUUUAACCUCUGUAAAGCAUAGUUUUAAGCAA